GCGGUGCAUUUACAAUAAUACCCUUAAUAAAUGCAUUUAUAAAAGAAAGCGCGUGUUUGCUUGUAAAUUAUAAGACGGUUAUCUAUUGUAAAUAUAUGUACAAAUUUAAUAAUGGCCAAACGACAACAUACUUGGACGCAUAUGCGGCAAAUAUUUAAGCAAGCUGUUAAUGCAGUGCAGCCAGAGGGAAUAUUUGCGGAUCAUCAGAGCUUUGAUCUUCGCCCCAAGAUUAAUGAGACUGAUAAGCGCGUGCACAUAAAGCUGGGAGGUCAACAAGAGGACAUAACUGGCAAAACAUGUCACAUUGUCGGCUUUGGCAAAGCUGUGCUGGGCAUGGCAAGCAAAGUGCAACAGGACUUGGCACAAUAUUCAGCAGGAGGUGUGCUCAGUGUGCCUUUGAACAGUCUGCAGCAAAUGCAGCUAACUAAUGAAAUGGAAAAGCUGCGCUUAUACGAAGGUGCAGCCAAUAAUUUGCCAGAUGAAACGGCUCUAGAAGCAGCGCAGGCUAUUAAGGAGCUAGCAGCGAACAUGACUUCAAAGGAUGUGCUUUUUGUAUUCAUUUCUGGCGGCGGCUCAGCAUUGUUGCCAUUGCCAAGGGCGCCACUAACUCUGCUGGACAAACGCAACAUAGCAGACAAGCUGAUGAAGUGUGGCGCCAGCAUUCAAGAACUGAAUACAGUGCGCAUUGCCUGCUCGGAUAUAAAAGGUGGGCGCUUGGCACAGGCUGCGAGUGGAGCGCAUUUGCUUGUGACAUUUGUGCUGAGCGAUAUUAUAGGAGAUCCACUGGAGCUAAUUGCCUGUGGACCCACCGUACAGUUUCCAAGCCCGCGGGGCAUCACAGCCUUAGAGCUGCUGCAGAAAUAUCAAGUGUGGGAAGAACUAACAGCGGAACAACAGUCGGUGUUUCAAACGCCAGUAGAGCAGCAACAGCUGCAGCUAAAUGAACGCGUCUUUGUCGUAGGCAGCAAUGUCAAGGCGACAGCUAGAGCUGCACAAGAAGCUGCCCAACUGGGCUACAUUCCAUGCGUCUUAAAAUGUGCAGUUCAAGGCGAUGUCAGCAGCGUAGCCUCGGACUAUCAACGCUUGCUGCAAGGCAUACAGGAGUUUAAGCUGGGCAACAUUAAUCAGCAGCAGUUGCAUGAAAGAUUUGCAUUCCAAGAGCAAGCCUUUCAACAGUUGCUGCAGGCUUUGGAGCAGCAUAUGACCAGCAAGGCGCCGCUGUUUCUUAUAUGCGGCGGUGAGCCUGUCAUCAAGGUUACAGGUCAAGGUCUGGGUGGACGCAGUCAGCAUUUGGCUUUGCUCAUGUCGCAGAUUCUACAUCGUGAUGAAAGUUUGAAGCAGUGCAGCUUUCUAGCCGCUGGCACAGAUGGCAUCGAUGGACCGACCACAGCGGCAGGCGCCAUUGCCGACAGCAGCGUCAUCGAAGAUUUUUUAACUGCGCACACUUUGGAUGAACUCGCCGAGAUCUUACGCAACUGUGAUAGCUUUAAUUUCUAUGCGCAACUCCAAGCUGGUGGCUACCAUAUACUCACUGGUCACACUGGCACCAACGUGAUGGAUUUGCAUUUUUUAGUUGUGCCCUGAACUGAGCUCAGUUUGACACUUGACGUUUGCGUAGUGUUAAUGAAGUUGCUCUUGAAAAAAAAAACUUAGACAUAGUUUCAAUUUAUUUAAUAACUGUACAGACAGUUUGUUGUUAUUUUUUACGAUUUUCCUGUUUAAGUUUCU